AGGAAAUGGCAACAUAUCAGGAUAAGGAGAUGUACAUGAAUAUCCUCAAGAUAGGAAAUGAUAUUCUUGCGCUUAUUGGGAUCAACCAACAGGUGUUCAAUAUUCAGGAUUUUCAAGCAGAUACGUUUUAUAUGAGAAUUUGAGAACUUUUAUUUCCUGAAGUCAGUCUUGAAGAGAUGCAUCCAGGUGUCACACUUGAACAAAGAGCUGAAAAUAUUAAUGCAAUUAUUGAGUAUACAGAAGAACUUUUCCCAGAAAUUGACAUGAGUGAUCUUGAUGGCUAUAUGAUAGUGCAAGGAGACCUCCCAAGUAUUUUGGCAUUUUUAAAUUUCCUUCACUCUCUGAUUCUCAGCAGUGUGGAGGUUGAAGAAGAGGAGGAAGAAGACGAAGAAGCUAUACAAGCCCAGCAGUUACAGCAACAAGAACUUCAAAGAAAGAAAGAAAGAGAAAGAGAGCUACAGGAAAAGCAGCUGAUAGAAGAUCCUUCCGCCUUACCUGUCGGAAAUAUUAGAGAUUUACUCAGAAAGAAGAAGAAAAAUACUGAGAUAAUUGAGAAUGAUGAAAUUGAUGUCAAGCCUCAGAAGCCUAAGAAGGACACUAUAGAGUCAAACGAGGAGUUCAAAUCCUCUUUUGGAUUCAAGAAGGAAAGAAAAUAGUUCUGAUAAAAAGAAAAAGCUCAACUAUGAUGAUGUCAUUGAUGACCAAGUAUCUGAUCAAGGCUUAGAUGAUUACUUCAAGGAUGAUAAUACUGAAUCAGACAGAAGUCCACCCAAACCAGCUGUAGCGACUCAUUCAAAUAGCAAAGAUAAGAGCAAAAGUCCAUUCAAGUCAAGAUCUGACGAAUCUUCAGAAGUAAUAGAUGAUUAUAUUGAUUAUGACGAAGAGAUUCCUGAUGAUAGUGACCAAGAACGUAUUGAAGAUGAGGGAAAAAUAGGUCCAUCUGGUUCAAACCCUCCUGCUUUCACCAACAACGCUCUUAGUGGAAUGCAGAUGGCAAGUAACCUCUUUGCAGGAGACAAGGAAGAGUCUAACUCUAACAAAAUUCUGAACCAAUUCCAUACCAAUAAAGAUGAUGAGAAGCCACAAAAGACUGAAAAUAAAUUCUUGAAUCAGUUUCAUACGAAGAAGGAAGAUGAGAGUAAAGAGAAGCCGGAAAAGAAGAAAACAAAUUUUUAUAACAAGUUUUAUAAUAAGCAAGAUGGUGAAAAGGAAGAAAAGAAAGAAAAUAAGUUCCUAAACCAGUUUCAGACAAAGAAAGAUACCACUGAGUCUGAAUCUGAGCCAGAGCCUUCUGAGCCAGAGCCUUCUGAGUCAGAGGAGAUUGUUGAAGAGGGGGAAGAAGGAGGCACAGAAAUGAUAGAUACACUUAUUAGACUUUAUAAUAAUGACCCUGAUUCGCUUGGUGAAUUUGAAAGAGACUUAGUUGAAAAAGAAUUGGAAAAGAGGGGCGAAAGUAUCAUUAAGAAAAGUUCUUCACCAUUUCAAGAUACUUCUCCUUUCAAAAAUGAAAUGAUUACAAACAGUAGUAUGAAAGAUAAAGAAUUUGCGAAAUUUAAACAAACCCCUGAUAUUGAGAGUAGGCCAAAUAGAAGUACUGAAAAGUCAAGAGACAGUUCUAAAUCUUCGAAAAAGAAAAAAACAACUCCCAAAGCAAAACCAACUCCUAAAGCAAAACCAACUCCAAAAACAAAACCAACCCCUAAAGCAAAGCCAAAACCUGUUCCAAAACCUAAGCCCUUACCCAAAAAACCUGCUAAGAAGCCACAAAAAUCUCCUCAAAAGAGUAAAAGUCCCACUAAAGAACCUAAGCCAAAGAGACAGCCAAUUCCAAUCGCUCCUCCUAAGAACUAUUCUCCCACUAAGUCUCCUUCUCCAGCUCCGUUCCGUCCCCGCUCGGCGAAGCCGAGAGUGAGCCGGCCUUGUCGGGAGAGGAACGAUGGGCUACAGACUUCGAUGAGUGUCUCGAUAAGCAAGAACAACCAGAUUUAUGACUAUAAGAGGGCUUCAUCACAUCCUAGGAAGAAGCUGGCUCAUUUUCCUCCUUACAUUCAGCCACCAAUGGUGUUUGAUGUUAGUGAAGACAGCGAACAAAGUGAUGACUAUAUCUUCGGCAAGCCUAGGAAGUUCUCACCUCGAAGAAAAGGAUACAGACGCAAAAAGAGUGGCAAGCGAGGUGGUCUGACCACUAAUGAGGCUAAGAAGAAGUUCAACCAAACUGUCAUGGCAAUGAAUAAAAAAAAAAUUAAGCCGAGAAGGUCAAGACCACAGACUGCAUUAGUGAAUAAGCCCCAGAAAGUUCAUACUUCAUUUGUUUCUCCAGGAAGAAAGAAGAAUAAGAAAUCUAAGCAUUCUAGAGCCCACUUCAGUCCUAAAUCUGGUAACAAGUCUAUGGCGAAGUCUCCUAAAAAUGGCAAAAAGGUUGGUACUAAGAAAUCCGCCCUAUUCAAAGAUGAUUUAACAGACACUGGUAUCAUGAAGGUGCACAUAAAUAAUAAAGGAAAGAAUAAUUACGUUAAGCCUGGCUGAAAGAAGUACAACCCUAAAGGUGUAUCCUACACCAAUGAGGUCCUGGAGAAGCUUGACAAGAUUCAGAACCCUAAAGCAACAAGAAGACUAAAGAAUUCUAAAAAGACUAAAAAUAAGUACAAAUUCGAUCUUGGUGUCGAGCUUAAAGCAAAAGAUAUCAUCAAGGACCUUGACACUUACUGUGAAGAGAAUAAGGAAGAGAUUAUUGUGAAAUUUCAUAAGAAAAAGAAUGAUGACUUCCACAAUUUCAAAAUUGAAGUGACAAAGCAUAUUCUCAAAGAUCUGCAGAAAUACUGAACUAUGAAAUAACUCAAUUAGAUGAAGUGAUU